AUGGGAUCCUUAAUAAAAAUGUUCAAGCCGAGCAAAAAGAACAAUAAUAAAGAGAAUGUGCCGGCAGUUUCUUUUGCAACGGGGUCACUGAAAAACAAAAAAUCAACACUAAAUGAAUCGGUGUACGCUGGCGAACCACACAAAAUCGAUUUGAGGUUGAAAAGUCCGUAUGCAGUUAUCACAGCGCCGAAAACCACAAAAGGACCAAUGUCGUGUCCAGGAGCACCUCUAAACGAUCGGAGCUUCAGAAGUAGUACAAGAAAAGUAAAGGAUGAUUCGGUUCUAAAUCGCCGCUCAGAAAUCGAUCAAGACCAAGCUUAUCGUAACAUGAUGGCUCUUAGAGAGUACGAUCGAAGCAUGAAUCAACAAGACGAUUCGGACGAGGAAAAGGAGCUUCUCAAAGAGCGAUUUAUGCAGAAAAAAGGGGAAGUGACGAUGAUGAAGGCCAAAAUUGAGAAGAUGAAGACGAAAUGGAGAGAGGAUAAGAUUAGAAUGAACGAGACUAUUGAUGAUUUGUCAAACGAGAACUAUCAGAUCAGAAAGCAGAAUGACCGUCUCCGCCACAAGUAUUCCGAGUUGAAACAAAACUUUGAAUCCGAGAAAAAGCUGAAAUGCGACGUGCUAAAAAUGCUGGAAGAAGCGACGGCUCGAAUCGAGAAACUCGAGAAAUCUCGUGGAGUUCUAGACGAUUCUCUCAACAAUUCUUCUCUUCUAAUCCCAUCGUAUUCUGGUGCCGACGCCACGAUGGAAAUGUCUUCAGAAGGCGCUGGAGAGGCUCUCUGUUUCCCGGAUAACAAUAAUCCAAAUGGCCAGAUGACAUCCAUGUUCAUGAUGACCACUUCGAUCUUCGGAUCUUCUACGGGAACUACGUCACUAGGCAAUCCAAAGUCUCUCGAAGACGAUUUAGAUGCCCAGGAUGAGGUUAAAAUCUUUAGAAACUCUGUAGAAAGUAUUGAGGAAGACGAAGAGAUGACUGAAGACGAAGAAGCUGAAGAGCUGGAACUAUCGAGCCCAUUCGAAAUAGAAACUGUCAGAAGUUCCACAAGACAGAUUCCAAAGACUCCUAAACGUUCCUCCUCGGAUUCUGAUAUAAUUGGAGCGAAAGGAGCGGCGGAUACUGUCAGUUUGGCAAUGGAACCGAUUGCUCAUCCACCACCACCGGCUUAUGAGCAACGACAGAAGUAUACUAGAACGAGUUCCUGGUUGAGACGCAAUAUGGUGAACCCCGACGACGAUGGCUCAUCAGAUAGUUCAGAAGAAGAACGAUUAAGCAUCAUCGAACGACAACUCAAAAAGAAGGGUGGCUUGGUGAAGUACAACCCGCCGCGUACCAAGAUUCAUGAUAAACACUACAAAAGAUUCGGAAAGGACGAACGAUCGGCACUGGCUGAAUUCGCAUAUCUCGAAGAUAUGUCCACCGAUGUCUCUGGGAUGCAGACGAGUCCCGAAUUGGGACAACUGAUGGGACAGCUCCAGAGAAUGUAG